GGAAUGAAAUGUGAAUAUGAGUUAAUGUGAAUAUUACUCAUUAGAAGUGAAUAUCUCUUAGGAGAAGACUGGAGAUUUGCAGAUUUCCUGAAAAUGAAAGAGAAAGGCAACUGGCUUGAACUGAAUUAUUGAUUCAUGAAUAUGAGCGAACAUCUUUCCGCAGAAGACUGGAGUUUUCGGAAUUUUCAGAAAGUAACAGGAGAGAAAAUUGCCUUGAAUUAAAUUAAUGUUACAUGAGCGGGAAUAAAUUUUUGUUGGAAUAUAAAUGUGGAGAUUUUCAGAUUUUCUGAAAGUGCACAGGAAAGAUUACUGGCUUCUAUUAAAUUAAUGGCGUAUGAACGCGAAAGAAUUUCUUUCAGGAAAAGACCAUAACAAUGAUCGUCAUAAUUCCGGGCAGUAAACGAGAAUGAUCACUGGAUACAAUUAAACUAAUAUAUCAUUAUUAUCUGUAUAUUAAUAAAUAAUGUCUAUCCAUAUAAUAAAUGGUUUCCACAUCAGUAAUUAUGCAGCCUUGGCUGUUCUUACUCAAAAUUUCUCUUUGGAGUGGCAAAAUUUAAGUCUCAAUUCCUCUCAUUUAGAAGAAGAUGAGUAUUACGACCAUGGGGACAUAUUCACUAGCCUUCCAGGACUCAGAGCUAUUUUCUACGCUCUUUACAUCAUGAUAUUCUCACUCGGAAUUUGCGGCAAUGUUUUGGUGUGCUACGUAGUGUUCCGGAACAAAUCCAUGCAGACGGUUACAAACUUUUUCAUUACCAAUCUUGCCCUAUCAGACAUCUUACUUUGCACUUUCGCUGUGCCAUUUACACCUCUGUAUAUGUUUUUGAGAGAAUGGAUUUUUGGCCGAAUUUUGUGCCACUUAGUACCCUAUGCCCAAGGUGUGAGCGUGUAUAUAUCAGCUUUCACCCUGAUGUCUAUCGCCAUUGACAGAUUUUUCGUUAUCAUAUACCCUUUCAAGCCACGACUGCAAGUCACUUACUGCUACUUGAUUAUUAUAUCUGUGUGGGUGCUGGCUGGACUCCUUACCUUACCAUAUGGUAUCUUCAUGGAUCUUGUUCCUACUGAGAAAGGUCUUUACUGUGAUGAGGUUUGGCCUCACGAGUCCAGCAGAAAGGCUUUUGGUUUUUCAACUUCUGUCCUGCAGUUCGUUAUCCCCUUCGUAAUAAUUACUUUUUGCUACAUGAAAGUUUGCAUCAAGCUGAAGAACCGUGCCAGAACUAAACCAGGCGCUAAAUCAGCCAAAAAGGAGGAGAUGGAAAGAGAGCGAACACGCCGCACCAACCGAAUGCUCAUAGCUAUGGUUGUCAUCUUCGGUACCUCGUGGUUGCCCAUCAACAUCUAUAAUCUGGUGGUAGACUUCUACAUUCCAGCGUCAUCCUGGACAUUUUUGAAUGUUAUAUUUUUCCUCUCUCAUGCUACAGCUAUGAGCUCGACUUGCUACAACCCUUUUUUGUACGCUUGGCUGAAUGAGAAUUUCCGAAAGGAAUUUAUGAUUGUUCUCCCUUGCUUUAAGCCAAACGUUUCCGCUGCUAAUGCAACGGCUUGUCAGGUAGUUAGUGGGAAAACAGACAAAUCUUGUAAUGGUCACGAAAACGUAACUUUAUUGCCAGUAAAAAACAUUGGUAAUAAAGAGAAAAAAUUACAGAAAGAUAGGAUCGGAGCUGUUAAGAAUAACGCACUUAUAGCUGAAACUGUCAAGUUCCAUGUGUCUACAAAUGACUUGGAUCCAAUUUAAUUGUAUAGUAUAAGAGCGGUAUAGUCUCUGAAAUGUGAUUUUUGGUAAUGUUAUAGAUGCAGGUAGGUUAAAACAAAUGAUUUUAGCAAACAAUGUAAUUGGGAUAAAUAAAUUUACUUCUGAUACAUCAAAUUAAGCUUUGCCUAACCAUGUUUCUUGCUACAUAUCACAGAUGCUGUGAGUGAAAUAUUUUUCCAAGCCACAUACAUCCAAC